AUGUUUAACCAAAAGUCGGAUCCAAUUACUGCUUCUUCUACGAUUGAUACAGAACUAGUUGAAUGUCAGAAAUGCGUUGUGAUUAACAAAGAACAUGUAACACAUAGUACUAAACGUAGUCGUUCCAGUUACGAUGAGCAGUUAUUAGAAUCGUGUAACAUAGUAAAAGAAUAUAAAGUCAGAAAACAAGCGUAUAGUAAUAAUUCUCAAAAGUUCGUUCGAUGUGUAAUGGCAAAAUGGGGUUGUCUGCAGCAAUUGACCGAAGAUGAGCUUCAUGAUCAUUAUUUAAGUAAAGUUCAUCAAAAAUAUCUAAUGGUGGCUAUUCGUCAUUAUAUUAUGACAAUUCACUUGGAUCAUGAUUCGAACAUACAGAUAAAUGCUAAACAAUUCCAUAGGAUCACAACUACUCAGGAUACCGGAUGUACAACGGUAGAACUAGAUGAAAUUGGCCAGACAAUAAAUAAAUUAUAUGAAACUUUGACGAUUCUAACUGAUGCCAUCCAGACGUAUUUUAUGAUAUAA